CUUCCUGUCCGCCGCACCAUCGCUAAAUCAGUAAUCUUUUUCUUUUUAAUCGAACUUUCGCUUGGAUAAUGGCCACGUUUUUCGGCGAGGUUUUGUCUGUUUACUCUCGGGCUGUGGAGGAAGACGACGAAGAGGAUUUUGACGAGGACGACGAAGACGCCCAAAUCCGCAAAGAACUCGAGGAAAAGAGGGAGGUUCAUCUCCAUUGGGGUCCUGAGGUGUGUGAUGACCUCAAGUCCGGAGACAAGCUGCCGUGCUCUCUUUUCAUCCUCGCUGUGGGACACAACGCUUCCCGGUUUCUGUCCGUGUACGUUCUCUCCUCGGAAAAGUGGGACGCCGUGGGACGCGCGUCCGUGUGGAACGAGAGGAGCAGGGCGGGACGCGGUGAGCAGUCGGCGUGCCUCUUCUACCGACACAGGGACGAGCCGUCUGUUCUAAUCUGCCAGUUGACAUGCUAUGUCGCAGAAGAUCAGCAGUUCCAGUGGGCAGAAAAGGUGUUGGACUGCCUGCAGCACAGAGACCUGGACGUGACAGUCCUGUCUGACAGCUCCGUGGCCGACUACAAGAGCGCCGACUACCUUUGCGGCAGCUCGGUGCCCUUCUUGCGCUCCCUCCACACCGGCACCUUCAGCGGGCCGCCUGUGUGCCCGGCUCUGGAGCAGCCUAACAUACUCGCUGGACUUCCAGCUGCAGUGCUGAACCACUGCCAAGUCCACCGCAUAUCCGCCGUCGUCUACCAGUGCUUCAGCGACGUCAUUGGCGCCGACUCGGUCACCAUGGAGGCCUACAACCCGGCGCUCGCCAAGCUUGGAAAGUCCAUAAAGUUGGAUCCAUGCCCAAGCUCAGACGCCCUCCGCAAGAUUGGCAGAACCAGAGACCCUCAGAGUAACCUUUACAUCUGAACGUUUUUGUGCCAAAAUACUGGCCUAUUUUUUAAAUUAAUAAAAAA